AUGAUGAACCCGGAGAUGAUGCGGGUGGCGGAGGAGCAGAUGCGACGCAUACCCGCCGUCGACCUCGCCAGGAUGCAGCGGCAGCUCAUGUCCAACCCGGACCUGCUAAAGCUCACAACCGAGAGCAUGAAGAACAUGACGGCCGAGGACUUCAAGCUCGCCGCCGAGUGCCUGAACCACGCAAGGCCAGAGGAGAUGCUCGACAUGACCGAGAAAAUCGCCAAGGCCAAGCCCGAGGAGCUCGCCGCCAUGAAGGCGCAAGCCGACGCUGAGACGUCGCGCGCGAUAUCCGCCGCCAAGAUGCUGAAGCGGCAGGGGAACCAGCUCCAUGGCCGCGGGCAGUACGCUGACGCCGCCGCCAAGUACAAGCUCGCCAGGGACAGCGUGAAGAACGGCGUGCCAUCGGCGGCUGGGCGCGCUCUGCAGCUGCAGUGCAGCGUUAAUCUGAUGGCUUGUUACCUGAAAUUAGGCGAGUUUGAGGAGUGCGUCAAUGAAGGUUCAGAGGUUUUAAGCUAUGAAUCGGGCGAUGCCAAAGCAUACUACCGAAGAGGGCAAGCGUACAAACAGCUAGGAAACCUUCAUGCUGCUGUUGCUGACUUGAGUAAAGCCCGUGAGAUUUCUCCGGACGAUGAAACUGUCGCUCAAGCUCUGGCAGAGGCACAAGAAAAAUGUGCGACCGAAGGGGGGACAAAAAACCUGCCAAAGGGAGUUGUCAUUGAAGAAAUUGUAGAAGAUAUUAGUUAUGAUCUGGCAAGCCCUGAAAACAGUUCUUCUACUACUACUGAGCAUACUGCUUCACAACCACACGACGGAGCACGAAACUCGACACAAUCUGACUCUUCAGAAAGCUUGGUAAAUAUGUCUCAGGUUGCUUCUUCAUCAAGUGGAACAAUCCCUGUUAGCCCUGCUAUGUGGGAGAUGUUUGCAUCCAUGGUGGAGAACAUGAGCCCUGAUGAAAUGGCAAACAUGAGCGGGCUGCUCGGUAUCGAGAUGUCCAAGGAGGAUGCUGCCAACGCUCAACAUGCUAUGUCUUCAUUCUCUUCACAAGAUUUAGAGAAAAUGAUGAAGUGGAUCGGCAGAGCACAGCGAGGAGUCGCAGCGGCAAAGAAGACGAAGGACUGGCUCCUAGGCAGGAAAGGCUUCAUCUUUGCUAUUGUCAUGCUGAUCUUGGCGUUCAUCCUCCAUCGGCUUGGAUUCAUCGGGUAGGUGAUGAUGCCACACACAUCCGAGAAUCCGCGGCGAAAAAUGUGGAAGCGAUAGUGGGCGGAUGACAACAAUGUGGAAGCAAUAGUUGAACCUGGGUCUUUUUGUAACCAUUGUUUAUUCUUUCAGCAUAUUUGUUUGUAAAUUGUACUGUAACAGAUUAGAGGUAAUUGGCCGAGUGUUUUGACAACUAGCAAUUGUGCGGGCAUCAAUUUUAUUUCCUUUUGAAAGUAAUUCUGUUUUUAGGAUAAGAACAAAGUUAGGGUGUAACAAUCUAUAGUGUUUUUUUAUGCAAAUCAACAAUCUGUAGUUAUUUGAUGCCAGUACCCAUAUUUUUCUCUUUAUUAUGUUGAAGUGUUAGGGUACACCAAAAGUGGGCAGUAAAAUGAAAAACAAAAUAUGAAUAUUAUAUACAAAAAUUGUACCGAACAUUGAUGAAUGUUUUAUCACGGGAAAAACAUUUUGGAGCAUCGUUAUUUUUUGUUGCCACAUCUUCCACAAAUGUCAUCCCGUGAUCAAACUUUGCAAGCAAUCAAAACAUUUGUCAAUGAAAAAAUUCAGAAUUUUUUUAAUUUAUUUUCCAUAUUUUUACUGAUCACCUGAGCUCACAUGAGCUCGGGAUCAGAACAGCCUCGUCCUAGGAUACACCAAAAAUUCUUCCCUUCAUGUUGAUUUGUUUUGUCAUUUUGAACACCCAUGUAUAUGCGAAAUAUCUAAAUCCGUCACCAGCCUUGUUGUCCUCGUGUACUCUUUCGUGUGUCUUCUCUAGUUUCCUCCCUCUUUGUCAACUCUUGUUGGAACAAUUUAAUAUUUCAUGUAUUGAUGAACUUGUGCCUCUUGAUCGUAACUCUAUAAACUUUGCAUACAUUUUUAUUAAUUACCUCGCAAAAAAAACUUGAAGUAAAGGAACAACGGAUCCUCCACUUUGCAUUUAGGUCAGUGCUCCUACUCCGCCUUAAGCGAAGAAUCAUGGGCUGGGCCAUAA